AUGAGAGGUGCUUUUGGAGCAGAUGCUAAAUACUCGCUAACACCACGGAAUCAUCACCGCCACCGGCAUAGCUGCACCACAGCCUCCACAACAUCAGUACCCGCCACCACAACUACCGCAGCCGCAAGUUCCAAGACUCCCAUGACAGAAGUUGCUCCCAGCCCCGACACCACCAGGGCAGGACCAGCACCCAGGUCUGUCACCACAGCCGCAGCAGCAGGACCAUGGAUUGGCACCACCUCAGCAGCAGUAGGAUACUGGAUGGCCGCCACCGCAGAAGCAGCACGCAGCCACACCACCACCGCAGAAGCAGCACGCAGCAACACCACCACCGCUGCACCGCAGCAGCAUCACCCAACACAACCACCAUGGCAUCAGCAGCAAUACCCAGGACCACCACCAACGCCGCCACCGCCACAGAAGCAGCAGCACCAGCAGCACCUCAGCACCGGAGUAGGCGCACCGCAGCAGCUGCACCAAACACUUCCACCACCAUGGGAGCCGUAG